UCUUCACUAUAAUUUGUGCAAAUACGUCAUUCCUCGACCAGAUGUAAAUUACAAUAAAAUUAAAAUGAGACCAGACAGUGAAAUGUCUACAAAACAUGUUCACAAUGAUGAAAACGAUAAUCUCAGUCAACGUAAUGAAGAAACAUCAAUAGCCAUCGAACUUGACAUCGAAAGGAAGGAAAUGAACAAUUUAACAUUCACGGAAAACAAAAAAGAUAACAAACUUCACAAUGAGCUUGAAACCCAAGAGCAAAUGCAAGAAAAUGGGGAAGACGUCGUUGAUACAAAUAUUCCUACAAAACAGGCUAACAGCUACGCCGCAAAGAAAACCGUAGCUCAAGGAAUGAUGGAUAUAGCUCUGAUAACAGCAAAUGCCAACCAACUGCGCUACAUAAUUGAAUUCAAUCGCAACAGCUCAACCUAUUAUUUAAAUUUGUGUUUAAUUGUAAUUUCUUUAGUUUUACAGGUGGGAGUGGGGGUGUCUUUAAUAUUUAAAGGUAAAUACGACUUGAAAGGCGAAUCGAAACAUGCAAACGCAAAAAGAAUAAAUAAUUACGUUGUAGUCGGUAUAUUCUUAGUUACAAUAAUAAAUGUGUUCAUAGCGAGUUUUACGAUCACUGGAAAUAGUAAAUAAUUUCAAAUAAAAAUCUGUACAAUGAGUAAACAGCUUCAUGAAAUUAUAUUAAUAGGUACCCUUGUUUUAACCAAUUUUUGUAAUAUACCGAGGGUAGUCAUAAAGUAAUACACCAAAUACAGUAAAUUAUCAUAUGAUAUAUUAAGGGCCGGUUGCAUAAACGCAAAUCAAAUUUAAUCU